GCGGGAAAACCCUCUCAAGUCACGUGGCUUUUGACAACGCGGUAGAUUUCUGUGUGUCUGUAGUUUGGUUUACAAAUACAUUCACUAGUGCCUUCGUUGACCGUAAGAAGUAAACAUGGGGAAAGUCAACACGAUAUUUUCUUACUUUUCAAAGACACCCAAGAAGACUACCGAGAAUCAAGUGCUUUCUCCGAAGACUCCGAGUAAUUCAGGUAGCAAUAGCAAUCUACAAGCAACAUCUAACAACACCACACCAACUAGUAGUAAAAAGACGAAUGAGAAAAAUGGCGAAAUUACUCCUGAAUUUGAAGUUGGUGAUAUUGUAUGGUCAAAGCUUGAAGGUUAUCCAUGGUGGCCUAGCAUUGUAUGCAACCACCCAACUUCUAAGGUUCACAUCAAGAAAGGCAAAGUGACGGAGAUUCAUGUUCAAUUCUUUGAUGACCCAAUUUCUAGAGCAUGGGUUAAAGCCAGAUUUGUGAAGCCAUUUACUGGGGCUGAUGCCAAAGAAGCUAAAACUGGUGGCCAGUUUUUCUCAAUGGAUAUGUCUCAAAGGAAAGCAACCAAUGAUGCUGACAAGGCAGUGAAAAUGACAAAAGAAGAUAGACUUGGGCUUAUUACUGAACUUCAGCCAUCUGAAGAUGAAUUUGAAAUGGACGACUUAGAUGAUAUUUUUGAUGAAGAAAUGGAAGAAGGUGAUUCAGAAAAGAGCAAGGAAAAUUUGGAUGUAUCUAAUACAGUGAAAGAAAAGAGUUCUAAGUCCAAGGAAGAUGAAAGCAAAAGUUCAAAACCACCCAAACGUAAUGCAAACAAACGACGCAGAAUUAUUGUAGAACCAGACAGUGGUGAUUCCAGUGAUGAUUACAAAGCUUCCUCUGGUUCUGAGAGCAACUCAGAUAGUGUAAGCAGUGGAGUUGAUGAGGAUAAAUUAUCUGAAACAGGGUCAGAACCUGAGGCGUCACCUGUCAAGAAAGCAUCUCGGAAAAGAAAACUGCCUGGUUCUACUCCUACAAGUGUUCAGAAGUCUUUAUCUUCAAGUUCAGUUACUCCAGAACGUUCUCCUUUUGUUGGAUCUAUAAGCUCAGCUACAAAAUCUAAACUGUCUCUUUUCUCAGCUCCUGAUUCUUCUUCUCCUUCAGCUGGAGACAAAAUGGAACCAUCAACAUAUAUGCAUAUGACCUUGGACUUCUUGAAACCAGACAAGUUGAAGGACAAAAACGGACGCCUGAAAACUCAUCCAGAUUAUGACAGCCGUACUCUGUAUGUUCCAGACUCUUUCAAGAGUAAAGUUACUCCUGCUAUGCGGCAGUGGUGGGAGAUGAAAUCAAAUCAUUUUGAUACUAUCCUGUUUUUCAAGGUUGGAAAAUUUUAUGAACUCUUCCACAUGGAUGCUGUGAUUGCAGUUGCUGAGUUAGGUUUAAUCUACAUGAAGGGUGAUUAUGCACAUUCUGGUUUCCCUGAAAUUGCUUAUGGAAGAUAUGCAGACCUUCUUGUCCAGAAGGGUUACAAAGUGGCACGUGUGGAGCAAACGGAGACACCAGAUAUGAUGAAUGAAAGAGUCAAGAAAAUGCAUUCAGUUACUAAAUUUGACAAAGUAAUGAAGCGUGAGAUCUGCAGAAUCACAACCAAAGGUACAAAGACCUACAGUUAUAUGGAAGGUGACUGCUGUGAGUCUGCUAAUUCCUACUUGAUGGCUGUUACUGAAAAGGAAGAAAAUGAUGGAUGUUUUACUUAUGGUGUCUGUUUUGUGGACACCUCCAUUGGGAAAUUUCAUAUUGGUCAAUUUUUGGAUGACCGACACAAUUCUAGAUUCCGCACACUUUUGAUGCACCAUACUCCUGCUCAGAUUCUUUAUGAGCGUGGUAAAGUCUACCCAAAGACAAUGCAGAUAAUCAACAAUCUUCCUGGAAAUGUCAUCAAAGAAGGAUUAAACCCUGGAACAGAAUUUUGGCAAAGUUCCAAAACUUUAAAAACCCUCUCAGAAUGCAAUUAUUUUGUUGAUGAAGAAUCCAAAGAGACUGUGUGGCCAGCUGCCUUGAAGAAAAUGUUGUCUGAUAGUGAUGCAUUGAAUUCUAGUGCUGCAGAUGGUUUUGUCUUGGCAGUAUCAGCUCUUGGUGCCAUCUUAUGGUAUUUGAAACACACUUUAGUGGAUGAAGAAUUGCUGUCUAUGAAGAAUUUUGAAGAAUAUGUCCCUCUUGAUAAAAAUAAUUCUGUAUCAGUUCCAAACAGUUCCGUGGCCAGGAAUUUUUCUGGAAAACGUCAUAUGGUCCUGGAUGAUGUCACUUUGUGUAACUUGGACAUCACAGAAAAUGGUUUGAAUGGUUCGAGAGAAGGAACUCUUUUAGAAAAACUGGAUCACUGCAACACGCCAUUUGGGAAACGUCUAUUCCGAACAUGGCUUUGUGCACCCUUGUGUAACCCAAAAUCUAUCAAUGACCGUUUGGAUAGUCUUGAAGAUCUGAUGAACAUUCCAGAUGUAAGUGCUGAGACAAGGGAACUACUGAAGAAACUCCCAGAUUUGGAAAGAAUUUUGAGCAGAAUUCAUGCUCUUGGAUUAUCUAAUCGGAGUAAUGAACACCCUGAUAACCGUGCAAUUCUCUAUGAAAGUCUCACAUACAGUAAACGGAAAAUCGAAGAUUUCAUUUCUGCUUUGGAAGGAUUUAAAGUUGCUCAAAAAAUAAUAAAACCGUUUCAGGAUAAAGUUGAUGGUUUCAAAUCUAUUCUGUUGAGAAAAACAGUUACUGUGAAAAGUUCAUCAUCUUCUGGUUGUUUCCCUGAUAUGGCAGAAAAACUAAAAUAUUUUGAUAAUGGGUUUGAUCACAACAAAGCUAAGAAAGAUGGGGUCAUAGUUCCUAACAAAGGAGUUGAUUCUGAUUAUGAUGGUGCUGUAAAAGAUAUCAAAGAAACUACCAAUGCAUUAGAUCGAUAUUUAGACCAACAAAGACAGUUGAUGUGUUGUAAAUCUAUGGUAUAUUGGGGUACUGGUAAGAACCGUUAUCAAAUGGAAGUGCCUGAAAAUAUGUGUAAGAAAGUACCAAAUCAGUAUGAGCUAAUGUCUUCCAAGAAAGGAUGGAAACGGUACCGUACAAAAGAGAUUGAGAGAAUGUUAGCUGAAAUGACUGAUGCUGAAGAUAGACAGUCUGCAGCUUUGAAGGAUACCAUGCGGCGAAUAUUUCAUCAAUUUGAUACGGAUUAUCAGAUGUGGGACCAAGCUGUCCAGUGUUUAGCUGUUCUUGAUGUUCUCCUCUGUUUGGCUGAAUACAGUCGCUGUGGCGAAGGAGCCAUUUGCAGACCAGAAAUUGUUUUGCCUGAGGCAGAUUCCAAACCAUUCCUUUUGAUACGUGAUGGACGUCAUCCUUGCAUAGGACGGUCGUCUGCUGCUGAAGACUUUAUUCCCAAUGAUAUGAUGAUUGGAGUAAAAGAUAACAUAGAAACUGAAGACCCCACCACUGAUAGUCAAGUAGUAUUGGUAACUGGUCCCAAUAUGGGUGGGAAAUCUACACUGAUGCGUCAAGUUGGAUUAAUUGUUGUCAUGGCUCAGAUGGGUUGUUAUGUGCCAGCUGAGAAAUGUCGGAUAACUCCAGUAGAUCGAGUGUUUACUCGUUUAGGUGCCAACGACAGAAUUAUGGCAGGUGAAAGUACUUUCUUUGUGGAACUUAGUGAAACUGCUUCAAUCCUACAACACGCAACAGAGAAUUCACUAGUAUUGUUGGAUGAACUUGGCAGAGGAACUGCAACCUAUGACGGUACUGCUAUUGCAGCUGCUGUAGUGGAGGAAAUCUCGAAGACUAUCAAUUGCAGGACACUAUUCUCAACUCAUUACCAUUCUUUGACUGACAUGUUUUCAAGUGAUCCCAAUGUUCGGCUUGGACAUAUGGCAUGUAUGGUAGAAAACGAGAGUGAAGAUGAUCCAACCCAGGAAACUAUAACAUUCUUGUACAAGUUUGUAAAAGGGGCAUGUCCUAAAAGCUAUGGCUUCAAUGCUGCACGACUGGCCAGUAUUCCCAAUGAGAUCAUAACCAAUGGUGUGAAAAAAGCCAAAGAAUUAGAGAAUAAGACCCAACGCAUUCAUUUGAUCAGAGAUCUAUGGAAAUUUGAUGCAAAAAAUCCGACAGAACUGAAACAGAUGGUGCAAGCAAUUGGCUGAUUACUAUACUUCUCUUUUAUUGUUUUAAACCUGUACACAAUUUUUGGCAAAAAAAAAAUAAAUGAUAAACAAAUUUA